UCCUCCUUUCCCAAUCUCGGGUAAACCCUAAUUCGAUAUUUAUUGUACUGAUUUGUUUCUAUAAGUAGUACGGUAAGCAAUUUUAUUUUUUUUGAUUUUUGCCAUUUUUGUUUAUUCUCAACAUCUCUACUUACCAAAUUGUAUCUAAUCAACAGUACCCAAGUCGUAUUCUCACAAUGUCUGAGAGUAUAACCCGCAAGUUGAUUACUAGAGGUUUAGCCAAAAAUAUGGCUUUGGAGAAGAGAACAAAAGCUCGACAUGAAAAUUUCAAAGAAACCCAAGUCGAGAAAUCAAUGAAGGAGACAAGAAUGGAGAAAACGAAAAAGAGGAAAAUCCAUAUCUCUGAAGCUUCAUCUGUCAAGGGGAAAGAGGUUGAAGCAAGUAAAAUCUCAGAUAAAGUUGAAGAAAAGGGAAUUAAGUUUUUUGUGAAACACCAGCCAAUAUUUGCACUGCAUAUCAGUGUAUAUACUAACACUAACAUAGUCUCCGAGCUAAAAGAGAACCUUACUCCAGAGCAGUACAAACAGCUAGGUAAUACUUGCUUUGGAAAUUUUCUUCAAAUGAAGCGUUGUGAAGUCCAACAUCAACUCUUCAGAUGCUUCAUGGCUCUCCAGUUAGAAGGAACUCCUAAAAAUAUAUUUGCAAUACACGUCAAUGGUACUUCAUUACAUUUCACAUUAAGGGAGUUUGCGCUUGUGACUGGCCUCAAAUGUGUUGGUAAUGAUGUUGAUUUUGAGUUUAGUGAAAAAGUUCCUAAUCGGCUUAUUGAGACUUACUUUGGAGGUGUUAAUCUUGUCAAGAAGAAACAUUUGAUGAAAUGAUUUGCUGACAAGAACUGGGGUCCCAACAAUUAUGGGGAUGCCUUGAAGAUAUCUUUGUUGUAUUUCAUACACACCUUCAUUUUUUCAUUUGAGAAGAAAAAUACAACCAUACCAAGGCUACAUUUUGACUUGGUAGAGAGUGGGCGUUAUUCUGAAUAUCAUUGGAGUUUAAAAGCAUUUGAAACACUGACAAAAUCGAUUACCAAGAAGAUGGAUGCUCACAAGAAGUAUUACAGGAUAGCUGGGAUGCCCCUAGCUAUACAAGUGUGGUUUUAUGGGUGUUGUUCAGAUGUCGAUCCCAAAAUUGCACUCCGGGUUGAUGACGUGGUCCCCAGAAUACUCAAUUGGAGAACCACCGGAAAUCAGCCAAACUUUGCUUAUCUGAUGAACGGCAUGUUCAAUGACAACGGAAACAUGAUUGUUUACAAGGACAUCCAUCCAAGCGAUAUAGAGCUUGCCGUUAUUCAGAUUCCUCCUGUAGGCACUGAUGUUGAGAACAAACCUACUCUUGCUCAUUCAGACAAGUCGGGAGAGGAUUCGGACGACUUUUCUCCUACACCCAAUCUUCAAUGUAAGAAGAAACAUAUUGCAAGUAUUGGUCUAUCUUCAUCACCGCCCCAUAAAAAGCGCAAGGAACCCGAAAGGCAUCCUAAUGAAAUAGAGUAUCAAUCCAAGAUUCCUCUUGUUUGUGUAUCCGAAUUUGGACAAAAUGUUUUGCAUGACAAUAAGCUGCCAAAUUCCAAAAAUGACGAAGUAUCUUCUUUGAGGAAAGACCUAAAUUCAUUCAAAGAAUACGUUGUGGGAGAGUUCAAGUCUCUGAGAGCAUUUAUCAAUGAUAACUUCAAGAUGCUUUCUGACCAUCUUCAACAAAAUCAGCAAAAUAAAAGUUUACACUAGAGAAAGGAACCCAUAGGAAGACGUGAUGAUGGUAUUGACACAGAUGUCGGAGAUAAUGUUGAGAAACCAGUGCUUAAUGCUCAAUGUGUGGAGUCAAGAGGUGAGGGGAAUACUACAUCAGAGGUGCAGUGCAACAUACCAUCUACAGGUCAAGAGGGUGUAUCUACAGAAUUCUAUGUAUCUCAAUUUGAGCUGGACAGCAAGUUUCUUCCCAGUCAAAUUCCAGAAACUAGAAUUGUGAUACACAACAGUGCAAAAAAGCUGAAUCAACCCCAGUACCAUCUCAUAGGAAUCGACGACCAAGUAGAUGGUAUUCUUCGCCUUAUGAGUCUAACUUCG